AUGAGAAAUUUCUUCCUCCUCCUCGGGGGCCUUGCAUGCCUCACCAGUGCUGCCCUCAUCCCGCAUUCAAACGAUAAACAUCAUACUCCUAGUCGUUCUGAGCCUGAGAACGGAUAUGUAUCCAUGGCCUACUUUGCAAGCUGGGCCAUAUACCGUGACCACUAUCCGCAGCAUAUUCCUGUCGACAAACUCACCCACGUCCUCUACGCCUUUGCCAACAUCACCAAAACUGGCGAGGUUCGGUUAUGGGAUCCAUGGGCUGACUAUGAUAAACACUUCCCCGGAGACCCACAGGAAGCAGAGAAAGACAAUUUCUACGGAUGCGUCAAACAAUUGGGUCUCCUAAAGCGGAAGAACAAACAUCUAAAAGUCCUUCUGUCGAUCGGCGGAUACACAAACUCAAACACAACUUGGGCUGGUAUUCUCAAAGUUGAGGCAAAUCGAAAGACCUUCGCCCAGACGGCUGUCGAGUUGAUGCAUAAUGUGGGAUUUGAUGGUUUAGAUAUCGAUUGGGAGUAUCCCAAAGAAGAGAGUGCAAAGGAUAUGGUGUCUCUCCUGAAGGAAGUAAGAGAGGAACUGGACAGUUGCAGUAAGCAGCAUGCGAAUGGCAAAAAGUUCCUCCUAACCAUCGCUUGCUCAGCCGGGCCGUCAAACUACAAGGCUCUCCAGAUGUCUGAGAUGGAUAAAUAUCUCGAUCUCUGGAACUUGAUGGCAUACGACUACGUCGGUAGCUGGGCCAAUGCAACGGGUCAUGCAGCUAACCUCUAUGGCAACUCCUCUAACCCCGAAACCACCCCCGCUAAUACAGAUGAUGCUAUAAAGUACUAUACUUCUAAUGGCGUGCCAUCCAACAAGAUUGUCCUUGGAAUGCCGCUUUACGGCCGCGCAUUCGUCAACACUACCGGGCCAGGUCAACCCUAUGUUGAUGUUGGGACGGGGAUGGGGGAUCCCGGAGUUUGGCAUUACAAGGUGCUGCCACUGGCUAACGCAACGGUUGUUGAGCUACCAGAUUUAGGGGCUAGUUAUAGUUAUGACGAGAAAAACAAGAUGUAUGUUUCCUAUGAUACGGUGAAAACGACCAUAGCCAAGGCGGACUAUAUCAAAAAGCAAGGCCUUGCAGGUGGAAUGUGGUGGGAGACCAGUAUGGAUAAAGUUGGGGAAACCAGCCUUAUUAGCACGCUGGUUCGGGAACUCGGUGGCACUGACGCUUUGGAAAAAUCCGAAAAUUAUGUCAAUUACACCUGGUCGAAAUACGCAAAUGUCCGGGAUGGAUUCAAGGCCGAUCUGGAAACAUGA